CUCACAAACGAGUAGGCUGCUUUAAUGCCAUCCCCAUUUAUUUAAAUUAGCCUAAGAUAAAAAAAAGCCCAUUUCCGGUUAACCGGCGGUGAUUUCGCCGAUUUCACGAAUUCAUCUCCGACUAUCCUCGCCUAGGAUUUCUCUCCGUGAAAAUUCGAUAUUUUCAUCAAUGAGUGCAGGAGGUGCAUUUGGUGGAAAUAGAGGAGCAAGACCAGUGCCACCAGAAAAGGGAGUUUUCCCUUUGGAUCAUAUGCAUCUAUGCGACCUGGAAAAGAAAGAGUACAUUAAAUGUUUGAAGAAUGAGGGUCAUAAAUCUGAUAAAUGCAGACAGUUCUCCAAGAAGUACCUGGAGUGUCGUAUGGAAAAGAAUUUGAUGGCAAAGCAAGAUAUGUCAGAACUUGGAUUUAGAAAAGGAGAUGAAUUGCAAGCUCCUCCUAGUGAAGAUUAGGAUGGACUGAGAUAUAAUGAAGACUGAAGACCACAUUCUCGAAGUUUCUUCAACAUGAAAACAUUCUUUUCGCCUCGGCCCAUCAAGAAAAGGGGGGAGACUCUUCUCAUGGGAGAUAUGUUGACGUUCAUGGUCCCAACUCAUAUUUUAGUGACAUUUGUAAUUAUAAAUGUCAUUGUAUAUGAGUUUGAACAUGGAUCUCGACCGCCUCCUCUGAGACGACCAGACACCAGUUUCAAGAAUAUGUUAAAGUCUCACUAUUUGACCCAUGGACCAUGGUACAUCAUAUUUCAAGGCUUUUGGCUUGUGAUUCAGAAUUUCAUAUUGUUGGUGUGAUUUUACUGGGGGAUUAAGGAAACUAUGUCAUAUGAAAUGAGAGUGUUGAUUUUCAAUGAAGAAAAGUAUUUACUCUAUA